AUGCUCAUCGCCAGUGGCUGAGCCACCAUGACGACAUGCACGUCGCCGAAUGAUGAAGAAGCAGAAGAGGGAGUUCCUCAGGAACGCCUGGAGGGUUACUAGCCUGUGCUGACUGCAGGAAUGGUGAGAUGGCACAAGCUCCGCACGGGACCAGGAAGUAUCCGUAUCUUUCUUCCGCUCUCAGGGGGGGGGGAUCCUCUCAUUUCCCACUCCUCCUGCUGCUCCCUCACUACGGAGAACUAAGAGCUACUACUACGGAGCAGAGUGGAAGCCUCCUAACUAACCAGACUAACUACUUACUGGCUUUUCCCUUUUUUUCCCUUCCUUCCUCCUCGUCCGCCCCCCUCUUUUUUCCCUUUUCUUCUUUUUCCCCCCUCGGUCCAGCAGCAGCAGCAGCAGCAACAGUAGCAGUAGUCGCUCGCUUUUCUUUUUCCCCUUCCUGCUCUCCCUUUCUCCCUCCCUGCUCGCUCGUCAGACCGUCGACUCUGUGCUUCGUUCCACCAUCCUUCCAUUCAUUCCUUACCCCCAUUGUUACUCUCACCCCCCGGUCGCUGUUCCCACUACAUUCCCUCUCUCUCUCUCUCUCUCCCUCUCCCUCCUCACCUUAUUAUCUCUUCCUCUCCCUCCUCCUCCUCCUCCUCCUCCCCUCCUCCUUUUUUCGCGCCCGCCCGCCAUUCCCGCCCGGCCAUUGCUGUGAUCCCCUUGCAUCCUGCCGGCUCGACGCGCGAAAGAACCUUAAGCUGAGCCUCCCGACCGAUCCUGCUGAAUCCACCACUCCAUCCAACACAUCACAUCGCCUCCUCUCCACCCACCCCCCAACUUCUUCCACCACCUACGCUGCCGCCGCCGCCCGACCCAUCGUCGCGUCGCCCUCCACCUUCAUCGAUUAACUUCCCGACUUCGCACGUUUCGCCCCGUUCCGACCGUCGCCAAGAUGCCUGCCUACGAGCUCCGAUCGGGAGGUGAUGUCAAGAACAAGAAGCAGAGUGUGGCCGAUCUCAAGUACCGCCGCCUGACCGAGUUGAACGCCCGUUUGAAGGAGGACCUCGACCGGCCUCGUGUCAAGGUGUCCGAGGCCGCCCUGUCGUAAGUUCCGGCUGGGCGCCCUCCCACGCCCGCCUCUCCAGCCACCGCGUGUUACUCACCCCCCCUCGUUUUCCCAGGUUGAUCAACUACUGCAACAACACGCGCGAUUUCAUGGUACCAUCCGUAUGGGGUCAGGUAUGCGACAAUUUCCCCCCAUGUGGCGCCCAUCCAUUAUCCUCGACGAGGUCACUAACGGUCCCAGGUCGACAAGC